AUGACCGUUGAGUACAUCCGGACGUGUAUCGCCAAGGACGAGACGCCGCAUCUGGCGAUGAUGUCGCGGCGCGCCAUCUGCAAGGCCAUCCCCACCAGCAACCACCUGGAGCCCAUGUACCCCAUCAACCUCUACAACAUCAGCGACCCCUUCCUCAUGACCGUGUGCGGCGUGCAGUACCUCAACGUGUCGGACGUGGACCGGUUUUACGUGAGCGUGGGCCUGUUUCUGGGCGCCACGGCGCUCUGCGACCUGGAGGAGACGCCGUGCGUCAGCGGCGACCGCGUGCCCCGCUGGAACACCACCAUCACGUUCGAGACGCUCGUGCAGGACCUGCCGCUGUCGUCGCGCCUCUGCAUGGGCGUGGUCGGCGUCUCCAAGCGGAAGAAGAAGGAGGAGCAAUUCACGCUCGGAUGGUGUAACCUGGCGCUGUUUGACUACCGGCGGCAGCUGCUGUCGGGCAAGAAAAAACUCCAGCUGUGGCCCGUGCCCAAGGGUCAGAACGAGAAGCUGUUUCCGCUGGAGGCCGUCGGCCCGAACCCCGUGCAGGACUCGAACGCCGCCUGGCUGGAGGUGGAGCUGCCCACUUACCCGAAGCCGGUGGAGUUCCCCGCCGACGAGUGCGUGCACGAGCUGGGCGCGCUGGCCGACGCGCCCUCGCCGGCCGAACAGAAGAUCACGGUGGAGGUGUCGCAGCGGAUCCGCGAGGUGGCCUGCCGGGACCCGCUCUCCGACAUCACGGUGCAGGACGCCGGCCUGCUCUGGACGUACCGGCGCUACUGCCGCGCCCACAUGCCGCACGCCGUGCCAAAGCUGCUCGACGCCGUCAAGUGGGACUCGCGCAAGGACGUGGCCCAGUUCUACCUGCUGCUGCGGGACUGGCCGUGCGUGGACGUGGAGGUGGCGCUGGAGCUCCUCGGCUGCAAGCACCGGGACCAGAAGGUGCGCGAGUUCGCCGUCCGCUGCCUCAACAAGGUGCUCACCGAUGACAAACUGUCUCAGUACCUGAUCCAGCUGGUGCACACGCUGCGACACGAGAUGCACCUGGACAACGCCCUGACGCGCUUCAUUCUGGAGCGGGCGCUGCGCAACAAGAACAUCGGCCACUUCCUGUUCUGGCACCUCAGGUCGGAGCGGCAGUCGGCCAGCUCCAAUCAGCGGUUUGAUCUGUUGCUGGAGGCUUACUGCCGCGGUCUGGGCCAGGAGCACAUCAAGGCGCUCAACAAGAAGGUCCAGUGCCUGGAGAAGAUCUCCAUUCUGACGCAGAGUCUCAAGGAUCGAAAGGACGAAGCGCCCAAGGAGCGGCAUAAGUACCUGUGCGAGCGGGUCAAGCAGAGCGACUACCUGGAGAGUCUGCAGAACAUUCCGUCUCCGCUGUCGCCUCAGGUGCUGCUCGGCGAGAUCCUGGUGGACGAGUCGCGGAUCAUGGACUCUGCGCGGCGGCCGCUCUGGCUCAUGUGGACGAACCCGGACGAGACGGUGCGCUACAUCGGGGACUCGCUGGAGCGCAACCGCGUCGAGAAGAACGCCAUCAUCUUCAAGAACGGAGACGACCUGCGCCAGGACAUGCUGACGCUGCAGGUGAUCAAGAUCAUGGACCACACCUGGGACCAGGAGGGGCUCGACCUGCGCAUGAUGCCCUACAGCUGCCUGGCCACGGGCAGCAUGAUGGGCAUGAUCGAGGUCGUACGCAACGCUAAGACGGUGUACCGGAUACAGCGGGAGGCGAGCAAGCUGGCCGCCAUCCAGGUGGACUCGACGCAGCUGCACAAGUGGAUCCGCGACCGCAACCCGGGCCGGCUGUACGACGCCGCCGUCGACACGUUCACGCGCUCGUGCGCCGGCUACUGCGUGGCCACGUUCGUGCUGGGCAUCGGCGACCGCCACCCGGACAACAUCAUGGUCAACCACCAGGGCCAGAUCUUCCACAUCGACUUCGGCCACUUUCUGGGCCACUUCAAGAAGAAGUUCGGCAUCAGCCGCGAGCGCGUGCCGUUCGUGCUGACGGACGACUUCUUGCGUGUGAUCGCGCGCGGCGCCGACAACCCCAAGAAGAGCAAGGCCUUCCAGGAUUUCCAGAAGCUGUGUGGCAAGGCGUACCUGGCGCUCCGCAAGCACAGUCACCUCUUCAUCACGCUCUUCACCAUGAUGCUGUCCACGGGCAUCACCGAGCUACAGUGCGCCGACGACGUCAACUACCUCCGGAAGACGCUGCAGGUGGAGGUGGGCGAGGAGCAGGCGCUCGAGUACUUCCAGAACCAGUUCAGCGAGGCGUACGGCGGCGCGUGGACCACCAAGCUCGACUGGUUCUUCCACUCGGUGAAGCAAUGUAGCGCGUCGGCCGCGUGGACGGUGUGCCUUCCGGCGGCGCCCCGCUCUCCGGCCGGGAGCGUGCCGGCGUGCAUUUAG